UCUUAUUCCUUUCAGGUUCUGUGCAUCUUAGCUGUGUGUGCGAUGGCUGCAGUGUCAGCGGAGCAUGCGUACUCGUCCCAGUACAUCCACAAGCACGACGGACACCACACGCCUGUGCAUGUACACGACAAGCACCAUCAUCAUCACCACGUCGACUACUAUGCUCCUGCCAAGUACGAGUUCGAAUACAAGGUAGACGACCCUCACACCGGCGACCACAAGUCUCACCACGAGGAACGCCACGACCAUGACACCAAGACCAAGUACUCUGCGCACAUCGACCACAUCAUACCUCACCAUCAUCACUAACUGUUUACCUGUCUUCAUUAUAGUUGUCACCUGUGCCAGUACUAAGAGCACUUAAAAACGGGCUAUCUCGAUCGUGAAAGCGAGAAAUCUCUACAACGCACGAAAAGCGUUCUCACUUUUAUGAGUUAAGACCAAUCUUCUCUAAGAGCUCAUAGUCGGCACAAUGUUUAAGGCCUAGUUGUUUUAUAUUGCAAUAUGUACCUGUUAGUAGAUGUAAAAUACAUUAAUUAUCAAAAAUAUUAUAUUUCGUUUUUAUUA